UAAAGAGGAAACUUGUCCUCGCUGGGGUUUAAGGGACGACAUAAUUUCUUCUUCUUCGUCCGUCAUAUUCCAGAGCGCGCGCCCGCAAACUCUUCGUUCUCCCUCCGUACAAUUGUCAGAAGUCGUCGUCGUCGUCUUCGGGCCAUAAAAGAAACACACCCAGAGGAACAAUUUUGACAUUGAUAUUUAUUUAGUUUUAGUUAGAGAGAAUUCAAUUUAAUUUGUUCAUGGCGUUAGAUGGAAGUUUUUCGCUAGAAUCGGGGCUGGGAAGGUUUCUCUACAGGUGUCCAAACCUAAAGUCAAUUCCAUGCUUUCAUAAUCUGUUAAAAAAGGGAGACAAAGUUACCGAAGAUGAAGUGGUGCUUGCUCUGGGUGAAUUGGUUUUGCACCCAAAUUACACAGUCCCAUUGUUGGGAUGCUUUAGGCCAAUUGCACAGAAGAUUGUGGACAGGACAGUGGGGUUGCUUCAUCUUGUGCCAACUUCGGAUGAUGAUAAUGAUAUGGAGGAAUUUGAAGAAGAUGGAUUUCUAAGGGAGGAUGAAUGCAGUGAAGAAAUUGUUAGUGUCAUAAAUUUUUAUGUGAGAAGGGGAAAGGGCUUAUGCCUCCACGAGCUUGCUAGUCUUGCCUUUUGCCGAGCCCUUGAUUUGCUUCCCUUUUUGCUGCGGUCGGUUUUAAAUUAUUACAAAGUUGCUCCUGCUCCAAUUGAAAGAAUUAGACAGAGUGGAUCAGUUUCCAAGGCAUUAUCUAUGGGACCAAGUCGGUUGCUUAAUGUUGUUCGGGCAUCUUAUCGAUUUCUCACGUUGGAGCCAAAGGUUUUCACUGUGCUGUGGGACUGGUCCUGUAUUUUGGAUGUUGUACAACAUUUGGCAGAUCUUACCAUGACAGAUGAUCUCAUGUUGAAGAAUAUCAUACUUGACUUGAGAUGGUGUAGUGUGCAUAUUUUAUCAGUGGUUUUGAAGCUAAGUUUUAAAGCUUCUGCAAAGCUAGGUCUUGACUCUGUCGAUGCUUUUCAGAGUUUUCUACGUUGGCAAGAAUUUUGCAUGGAUGUGUCACUGGAGAAAGGGAGUUGGUAUGUUGAGACUUCUGUAGAUGCAGACGAGGCGAUGGCAGGAGGAAUAGCCAAUAAGGAUGGUGGUCAAUUGUUGAAGCCAUGUCAACUUAACUCGUUAAACUCAUGCUCUUUGGUGGCAAAUGAUAUUAUCCCAUCAAAUCAGUUUGGGAUUGCAGUAAGGAAUUCUGGGGUUCCUUUUGUCUUGACAUCUGCCAUGACAAAAAGUUUUGAGAUGGCCUCCUUAGCUGUCGGUCAGAGAUGGCCUGUGCUUCUUUAUGGUCCAGCUGGUAGUGGGAAAACAGCACUCAUUAACAACUUGGCCGACGGAUAUGGUAGUAGAGUUCUAUCAAUUCACAUGGAUGACCAAAUUGAUGGAAAAACAUUGCUCGGAACUUAUGUCUGUACGGAACAGCCCGGUGAAUUCAGAUGGCAACCUGGUUCUCUUACCCAGGCUGUUUGCAAUGGUUUUUGGGUUAUUUUUGAAGAUAUUGACAAAGCACCAGCUGACAUUCAAUCGAUUUUGUUGCCUUUGUUAGAAGGUGCAAUGUCGUUCUCUACUGGUCAUGGAGAGGCGGUAAGAGUGCAUGAGAGCUUUCGGUUAUUUUCCACUGUGACAAGCUCAAACCCGGACACAUCUUGUUUCAUUGAAGGUAGAAAUUCUCUUGUUGCUAUUUGGAGGAAAGUGAUGGUUGACCUGCCAAAUGAUCAGGACUUGCUGAAUAUUGUUCUUGCGUGGUAUCCAGAAUUGGGUUCUCUUGCACCAAAACUCAUAGAAACCUUUGAUAAAGUGAACCAACUUACAAGGUCCCAGUUGGGUUAUCAGGACAGAUUCACAAUAAGAGAUCUUCUUAAGUUGUGCAAAAGAGUUGCGAGUUUGGACUUUCGGUUUGGAUCAGAUGGGAUCUCUACUUACGCAUGCGAAAGUAUUUGUAAAGAGGCUAUAGAUGUUUUUGCAUCAUUCUCUACUUCAGCAAAGAAUCGGUUGGUCACCAUGAGUGAGAUUUCUAAAUUGUGGACAGUUGCAGCUACAGAAACAUUAUAUCCUUUUAAUAAGCCUGUCAUUCAGGAAAUGAACUUUGUGCUUCAAAUUGGACGGGCUAGACUGGAACGUGCUGAAAUGGCUUUUAAUCGCGAUCAAAAGCCAUUUGUUGAGCUUCGUGGUUCAGCAUAUGCUCUUGAGAGAAUUGCUUGCUCUACCAAGUUCAAUGAGCCUGUGCUUUUGGUUGGUGAAACAGGUACUGGGAAGACUACGCUUGUACAGACCCUUGCCUCAAGGCUGGGCCAGAGGCUUACUGUUUUGAAUUUGAGCCAGCAGAGUGAUGUUGCUGAUCUGCUAGGGGGUUUUAAGCCUGUGGAUGCACGUUUUGUCUGUAUUCCCCUUUAUCAGGAGUUUGAGAACCUUUUCACUAGAACCUUUUCAUCAAAGGGAAAUGAAGAAUAUCUUAAAACUUUGAGAAAAUUCUUAGUUGAUAAGAACUGGAAAAUGUUAUUAAGUGGAUUUCGGAAAGGCAUUCAAAAGAUAAUUGAAAUUGGAAAAUCCAGUUCUGGUAAGAAGCGAAAAAGAUCCUUGAAUGAAGAUUUACUGAAGGAUUGGGAAAAUUUUUCCAUGAAACUGGAGAAAUCUCAUGCACAUAUUAGUGCAUCAGAUGGGAUGGUGUUUUCAUUUGUGGAAGGAGCAUUUACUGCUGCCCUGAAAAAUGGCGAAUGGAUAUUGUUAGAUGAAGUAAAUUUGGCUCCUCCUGAUAUCUUGCAGCGAGUUAUAGGAGUCAUUGAAGAUGAGAAAGGUUCCUUAUGCUUGGCUGAAAGGGGUGAUAUAGAUUAUGUAUGUCGGCAUCCUAAUUUUCGUUUGUUUGCUUGCAUGAACCCUGCAACUGAUGCUGGUAAAAGAGACUUGCCAAUUUCUUUAAGGAGCCGGUUUACAGAAUAUUACGUUGAUGAUGUAUUGGAUGAUGAAGAUUUGGUUUUAUUUAUCAGUCAGUUUAUGGAUGAUGAUCCUUCACGCCGGAGACUGAUAAGUAAAAUAGUUGAAUUUUACAAGGCAACAAAAGAAUAUGAAGAAAGACUGCAGGAUGGGGCUAACCAAAGACCUCAUUACAACUUACGUUCUCUAUACCGAGCACUAGAAUACUUGAAGAAGGCCAAAAGACAUUUUGGAUUUGAACAAUCUCUUUAUGAUGGGUUUAGUAUGUUCUUCCUGAGUUUAUUGGAUGACUCCAGUGCCAAGAUAAUGAACAGUUUAAUUUGCAAGAAUUUAUUGGGGGGGCAAAAACCUGCAUCUCUUCCUUUUCAUUCAUACUUGAUGGGUAAACCACAUGCUAAGAAUGAUGAUUUUCUGGACAGCUAUGUUUUAACAAAGAGUGUCGAGGAGCAUCUUAAGAACCUUGCACGAGCAAUAUUUAUCAAAAGAUAUCCGGUCUUAUUACAGGGACCCACAUCAAGUGGAAAGACUAGUCUUGUUCGGUAUCUUGCUACCAGAACUGGUCAUGAAUUUGUCAGAAUAAAUAAUCAUGAACAUACUGAUCUCCAGGAGUAUCUUGGUUCUUAUAUUACGGACCCAAGUGGAAAGCUUGUAUUCCAUGAAGGUGUUCUUGUGACGGCUGUUCGAAGAGGUCAAUGGAUUGUUCUUGAUGAGCUUAACUUAGCUCCCUCAGAUGUGCUCGAGGCAUUAAACCGGUUGCUAGAUGACAAUAGGGAGCUCUUUGUUCCUGAAUUGCGGGAAACUAUCCGUGCUCAUCCAGAUUUUAUGUUGUUUGCUACCCAAAAUCCACCUGUCGUUUAUGGGGGUCGCAAAAUGCUAUCUCGGGCAUUUCUUAAUCGUUUUGUAGAGAUCCAUGUUGAUGAAAUUCCACAAGAUGAGCUAAGCACAAUUUUGCAUAAGAGGAGCAAAAUUCCGGCCAGUUAUGCUAAGAAAAUGGUUGGUGUUAUGAAAGAUCUGCAAUUGCAUAGGCGAGGGAGUAAAAUUUUUGCAGGAAAACAUGGAUUCAUUACUCCUCGUGAUUUAUUCCGAUGGGCUGAUCGCUUUACGAAAUUUGGAUCCUAUGAAGAUUUAGCUUAUGAUGGCUAUUAUUUAAUGGCUGAAAGACUGCGGAAUGAUGCUGAGAAGAAAGUUGUUAAAGAAGCUUUGGAGAAGCAGCUAAGAAUCAAAUUUUCUGAUCAAAUGUUGUACAAGCAGGGUGACCAACUAGAAGAUGCUGCUCUUGUUGGAAAUAAAGUCUCUGAACUCUCUCAAACUAUUGGAAAAAUAAUUUGGACGAACAGUCUUCGGAGGAUGUUCUUUCUGGUGGAGCGCUGUUAUAAGAUGCGUGAGCCUGUUCUCCUUGUUGGUGAAACUGGUGGAGGGAAAACAACUGUCUGCCAAUUGCUCAGUGCCCUGUUGGAUUCCAAUCUACACAUUCUGAAUUGUCACCAGUAUACAGAAACAUCUGAUUUUAUUGGGGGAUUUUAUCCCAUUCGAGAAAGAUCAGGAUUAAGUGUGGGCUUUGAAAAUCUUUGCAAGAAGUUGGUCCACUCGAAGGCUAUUAUUCACUUUCCCAGAGAUGUUAACUUUUCAAGGGACAUCAACCAGGCCUCUGUGACUCUUAAUGAACUUGCACUAAUAAUCAAGAGUUACCGAGAUCAUUCAGUGUUUCAUCCGGAUGUCACGGAAGAAGAGCUUGAUUAUGUAGAAAAAAUUUGCAUGGAGCUUUGUGAGCUUCAUAGUAAAUGGCAGACCAUUUUUAUGUGGCAAGAUGGUCCUCUGGUUGAGGCAAUGAAGAAGGGUGACCUGUUUCUUGUUGAUGAGAUUUCGUUGGCCGAUGAUAGUGUUCUUGAGAGGCUAAACAGUGUUUUGGAGCCGGAAAGGAAACUGUCAUUGGCCGAGAAAGGAGGCUCUCAUCUUGAGAACGUAGUUGCUCAUCCAAAUUUUUUCCUUUUGGCUACGAUGAAUCCUGGUGGUGAUUAUGGUAAAAAAGAACUCUCACCCGCCCUUCGCAAUAGGUUUACUGAGAUAUGGGUUCCUUCUGUCAGUGAUGUAGAUGAGCUAAAAUGUAUUGCACGUGAGAGAAUUAUGAACCCAGAACUUGGUCAUGUUGUGGAUGCCAUGAUAGACUUUUGGGAGUGGUUUAAUGUUCUACACACAGGAAGAGUACUUACUGUGAGGGAUAUCUUGUCUUGGGUUUCUUUUAUCAAUCUGACCGAGAGAAAUUUACCGCCUGAAUCUGCAUUUAUUCAUGGAGCAUUCCUUGUUUUGUUGGAUGGACUUACAUUGGGUACAAAUAUUUCCAAGGAGGAAGCUGUUCAGUUGAGAAUGAAGUCUAUUUCUUUCCUUCUGCAGAAACUCAAGGAGUACAAGCCAGGUUUUGAUUCAUCAAGUCUUGAUCGUCUAGAGUCUUAUGGUUGGAGUGAUCCUGGAAAUCUGUCAGUUUCAAGUUGUUCUGAUAAUAUGGAGUGUGACAAUCUCUUUGGAAUGCAUCCAUUUUAUAUCACCAAAGGUACUGACUGCAUAGAUACCGAGGGAUUUGAAUUCUUGGCCCCUACCACUCGCAGGAAUACUCUGAGAGUUCUGCGUGCUAUGCAACUUGGCAAGCCUGUUUUGUUGGAAGGAAGUCCAGGUGUUGGAAAGACAAGUUUAAUUGUUGCCAUCGGACGGUUUUCUGGACAUACUGUUGUACGAAUUAACUUGUCUGAGCAGACAGACAUUAUGGACUUGAUUGGAUCUGAUUUACCGGUUGAAAGUGAUGAAGGCAUACGGUUUGCCUGGUCAGAUGGUAUUCUACUUCAGGCUUUAAAGAAGGGAUCAUGGGUUCUUCUGGAUGAACUUAAUCUUGCACCCCAAUCUGUGUUGGAGGGUUUGAAUGCUAUUUUGGACCAUAGAGCUGAAGUUUUCAUUCCCGAGCUUGGUCGUUCUUUCAAGUGUCCAGCAUCUUUUCGGGUCUUUGCAUGCCAAAAUCCUUCGUAUCAAGGAGGUGGCCGGAAAGGCCUACCUAAAUCCUUCCUUAACAGGUUUACUAAGGUCUAUGUUGAUGAGUUGGUGGACGAAGAUUAUCUUUCCAUUUGCAGCUCCCUCUUUCCAUCAAUUGAAAGGUCUCUAUUGACUGCGUUGGUUAAAUUCAAUAUCAAUUUACAACAAGAGACUACGUUGCAUAACAAAUUUGGUCAAAGUGGUUCCCCAUGGGAGUUUAAUCUUCGAGAUGUGAUCCGUUCUUGUGGAAUUAUACAAGAUGCCCCCGAAAACUCAAAGUCUGACUGCUUCCUUUGUCCUAUUUACCUGCAAAGAAUGCGCACACCAUCUGAUCGGAUAGAAGUCAUGAAAUUGUAUGAACAGAUUUUUGGAGUGAAGCCAUUUAUAAAUCUAUAUCCUAGAGUAAUGCUCACUCCUGAAUCAAUGGUUGUUGGUGAUGUCUCUGUUGAAAGGCAUUUGUGCCUGUCAUCAAUUGCCAGUAAUGGCCUUAAGAUUUUGCCUAGCUUACGCCAGAGCCUAGAAUCCAUUGCACAGUGUGUGAAGCAUCAAUGGCUUUGCAUACUAGUAGGUCCUUCAUCUUCAGGAAAGACAUCACUGAUAAGAUUGGCUGCUGAUCUGACUGGGAAUGUUCUAAAUGUAUUAAAUCUUUCCUCUGGAACUGAUAUAUCUGAGCUUCUUGGAUGCUUUGAGCAGUAUAAUGCUUCCCGUCACUAUCAUCUUGCAAUCACUCAAGUUGAAAGAUAUAUGAACGAGUACUGCAAUUUGCAGUUGGAAUCUUCCCCGGAGGCAUUCAUUCGGAGGAAGGAUCUUACUAACCGGUGGCUGACAUUUCUCUCCACCAUAAAUAGGCUUGUAACCUUCAUUGAUAAUCCACGGAUGAGAGGCUCCAUUCCAGAAUUAGUUGAAAUCAUUGAAUGUCUAAAGCUGGACAUUGACAAAUUGGCAUUGCCUUUACCUUGGUCAAUGAAAGAUCUGGAGAGCACUUUGGGAAAGAUUAGGAAGUUGGAAGAUCAGCAGAAAAGGCAGCGGUCUGUGAAAUUUGAAUGGGUAACUGGAUUAUUGAUCAAGGCCAUAGAAAAUGGGGAGUGGAUCAUUCUAGAAAAUGCAAACCUAUGCAAUCCAACGGUUCUUGAUAGAAUUAACUCUUUGGUUGAGCAAUCUGGUUCUAUUACAGUUAAUGAGUGUGGCAUUGUGGAUGGAAAUCCAGUGGUUCUUCAUCCCCAUCCUAAAUUUCGAAUGUUUCUUACUGUGAAUCCUAAUUUUGGUGAAGUAUCUCGAGCUAUGAGAAAUAGAGGGGUUGAAAUAUAUUUGAUGCAGCCUAAUUGGUUAGUAGAUGGGGAAUGUGGUGUGGAUCCAAGUGAGUUUGAGCUCAGAGAAGUGAAAAGAUUUAUUGUUCUCUCUGGAAUUCCUGUGGGUAAGUUGGUUGAUAUGAUGGCCAGAGCUCACAUUUAUGCGAAGCAUGAAGGAUCUCAUCUUGGUGUAAACAUCACAUAUCUGGAGCUUUCACGCUGGAUGCAGUUAUUUAAUCUGCUCAUUGCAAAUGGCUGCCAGCCCUCCUGGAGCAUCCAAGUCAGUUGGGAGCAUACGUAUCUUUCCUCUUUUGGGAAGGGGAAAGGAAAAGAGAUUGUAUCUCAAGCAGCUGUUUCUUUCUUAUCAAGAUGUGAACUUUAUAGAUUCACUUCAUCUGAUGAUCGUGUUCUCUGCUUACCGGGAGGGUGGCCAACUCCCUUGAAACUGUGGGAUUAUGUUUCUCACUCAAAAGAGGCUUGCAUCCUUCAAAAUACCAUGUAUUUGGAAUCUCUGGGGUCUCAGAUUGCUUCCCAUGUGUUUACUGACUCCUUGAACAGAUCGAAGGGAAAAACUCUGAUUGGAGGAGGUUCCAAGUUGAUUCACCUUAUGGAUGCAAAAUUGCUGAACAAAGUAUCGUUUCCUAUGGACUCUACUGGUGUUCUUGCAAAUUAUGGUGCACAAAAUAAUCUGGAUUUGGUAUUAUCCCAGAGGAAGCUGUCCUUUGCUGUUGAUUGGGUGAUGGAACAGGCAACAGAAAGUGACUGCUGGAGUUACGUUCACUGGUUUGAGUGGUUUGGUUCGCGGUUGCAGCCAUCUUUUCGACUCUUCACUUGGUAUUCAGAUUUAUUGAGAAAGGAACUGCAACAUUCUAUUUGGACAAGGAUAUUUCAGCUCCGCAAGUCUCUAAGUGGAAGAGAUAUAGAUUCCUUGCCCCUCUCUAUACUGUCCAUGGAAUUGACUGAUGCUUCCCGAUCUGUUAGCACUUCAAAUUCUUGUCAUACUCUUUUAAUGAAUUCUCUCAGGUGUGUUAGAUUAUUGCGUCAUGGUCUUGUGCAAUGGAGCAAGGAGGAUGAGUGUGAUCCCAGACUUAGAAAGCCAUUUGAGCGUGUUUUGAUCUCUCUGCGAAGGAUGGAGGAAAGAGUGCUAGAUGUCCUUGUUGAGUCACCUUCUUUUCAUGUGCACUUUAAGUCUUUCAGUGGCCUCCUCCAUCACCAUAUGCUCUUUUGGAGCAGUAUCACUACGCCUCAGAAUGGUUCCCAGCUGAUAUAUUGGAGGUCUCUAAUGAAGGAUUCUUUAAGACUACAAGAACUUUGUCCUGCAAAAGUAGAAAUAUUUCAGAUUGAGAUGAGGAAAUUGAGUUCUGUCUCAUCCUUAUGUUUGAAUUCAAGCAAACCCUUGCUUUGGAGACAUGGCGGACAUCCAAUAUUGCCUUCAUCUGCUGACAUAUACCAAAAGCAGUGCCAACUUUCAAACUUUUGUGAAAUGGUAUGGCAAAGGAAAAAUACAUUCAUGAAGUUGGAUGUGGAUGAAUUGAACCAUGUUACAGCAGAGGUUGCAUUGAUGACUGAUGUUGAUCUUCGUGUCCUUUCAAUGCAAGGACUUUGCCUGUCAUCAUAUGUUAUUGGAAAAGAUGAUGAUAACGACAAUAAGAUUAUUCACCAACUAGAAGAAAUGCAUCAUAUUCUUUUGGGGAGGUUGGAUUAUGAAAAGAAAAGAUUGGCAGAGAAAUUGACUACUAUGAAUCUUGGAUCUUUUCAGGAAAUGUGUUCUGUUUGCUGCAAGUUUACUCCAGAUGUGUUGCUUCGAAGUUCUGGUUUUGAAUGCUGGCUUAAGACCCAACCAGUAGUUGAUGAGACUAGUCUCUCCAUUGAUCUGGAGGUACUGCAGCACCUUAUGAGGAUUUCUGUAGUAGGCAUGGAAGAACAACACCGUGCUUUCUUAAAGUUGUCUGAUAUUUUGAAGGCUUCGAUGAACUUCUCUCUGCAUUAUUCGUCGAGAUCUCCGUCCGACUCUGUACCUAACCAAAAACUUCUGUGGACCCUGGAUGCUUGGGAAUCAGUCCCUAUGGCAAAUGAGAAAGUUUCCUGUUUCAUAAUGGACAUGUGGUCUAAAUGGCAUGCAACUCUAUGGGAACCAUGCCCCAUGCCAUUUGAGACCCUACCUGAAGAUGAUCUCUGUGGUAUGCUUGUGCCUCACAAACUCUUUUGUCCCCUGAAAGUAACGAUGGUAAAUCAGAUCCUGCAAACUGCAAACUCCAUUGCUGACUACAACUUUCGCAGCUUUAAGCUUAGAGUUGCUUCCCGUGACAUUUGGCUAAGCUCUGCAAAUACAGUUAAUUUGCAUUCUAUGUUGAUUUCUAUGUCGCGAUCUCUCUUCCAGCAGAUAAUUCAUGCCCACCAAAAGUCUUUUGAGGAUUCUGUAUAUGCGGAGAUCAUAUGCAUUUUCCAUUCUAUCCAGGAAUUAAGAAGCCCGCUGGAAAAUAUAAAGCUUCUUGUAUCACAUCUGGCGUCAUCUAAUCACCAUGUCUUCACAUCCUUGAUUGAUUCGUACAUCAAGCCGCUGCUCAGUGAUCUGUACUCUAUAAGCCCUUAUGAUGACUUUGCAGAUAUCCAGAGUGUUGGGCGUGCACUGGUGCUUCUUGGGGGACUGCGCUACAAUCUUUUGGUUCUCUGCAAUGAUGUGGAUCCCAUGUUGAAGUACUCUGUUAAGUAUGCAGAAUUAUCAGAGAAGAUAGCUUCCCUUGAGAUCGAAAUUCAGGUUCAGAAUGAAUGCAUCUAUUUAGCUGGAAGUACCCAGAGAGCCCCUGAUAAUUACAGGAUAAAUUUAUUGGAAGAACUCCAUGGUGAAAGGAGAAAGCUGCAAAAGAAGAUGGUGUUUCGCCCUAAUUCUGAUAAGUUUAAGGAGUUGAAUGAUGCAUGCCACGAGUUCCUUAAGUCCGUUGUAGCUGUUGUUGAAUGGAUCAAGGAUCUGCAAUGCUUGAGUAUUGAGCAAUUCACUAACCAAGUACUCAAUUGGCAAGAGAUAACAUCACGGUUCAUUGGUCGGUUAUCAAAUGAAUAUUUGGCAUAUAUUGAUGUGACAGAACCUGUCCAGGUUGCGAUAUAUGAAAUGAAACUAGGCCUGUCAUUACUUUUUUCUGGUGUACAGCAGGAAAGAUAUUUAUCAGAUAGAAAACAGGAUAUGGAAACUGCUCUCACAACUGUUUAUCAGUUUAUGAGGUAUCCUAGAGUUUGUGCAUCAAAGAUUGUCUCAUUCAAGGCUGGGAGGUUGCCUAAAGUUUCAACCGGUGAUAUUGAGUUUCCAAGUAGUAUUGAAGAAAUAGGCAUGAAUGUGCUGAAAUUUAUACCUGAGUUUGCAAGUGACACUGUUUCAGCAAGAGAACAAGUCUCAGACUUGUCACUUACGGUGUCUAUAUACCACAAUGUUCUGGCUAGAAUUAAAGAUUCCGUUGCUGACGCUCAUUUCCUUGGUUCUUCUUCUUCUAAGCUCUUGCAUAAGAUUUUUGACAGUGUUGCCAAUAUUUGGAUGGAACACCGGGUAAAGCAAAGUGAGGGGAACAGAUCUGAGCAGUUCAAGUUCAAAACACGAGGAUUUAAGAUGGAAAGCAUCAUCAACGUUGAUUUAUCAAAUUGUGCAGAUCUUCUUGGAAAUGAUAGCUUGUCUGAGUGGCAGGAACUUCUGUCCGAAAGCCUUGAUGAGAAGAUUAGAGAUUAUGAGGAAGAUGAAGCUUUGGAGCAGGAUUGGAAUGUUCAAGAAUCUGAUUUGGAUGGCAUUGUCAGUAUUCACAGACAGGUGUUUGGUUCAGUGGACCUUGUUCAAAGACCUGGCAGACUUCAUGUAUCUGACUCAGAUAGAUUGUCUUCCUUUGUUGAUUCUUAUAUGCUUGGUGUGAAAAUGUCCACAGGUUUGAAAGGCUCUUUUUCUUCUAUGUUUGAUACUAAGAUUGCACCAGAGAGCUUGUUUCGCCUCUGUUUGGAACAUGAUGGCAAGGUUAAUGGUUCUCGUAAAUCCACUGCUGCAUACAACUUUUACAAAGAUUCUAAUGCCUCCAUGAUGGCUAAAUUGGUGGAGCCUAUUGAACUUCUGAAGAAGAAAAUAUCCAUCCUACUGAAAGAGUGGGAUGAUCACCCUUCACUUAAGAAGAUUUUAGAAGUUUCUGACAUGAUUUUAGCUCUACCUCUCGACAGUCCUCUUGCCAAGGGUCUCUCAGCUUUGGAAUUCCUUCUCAAUGCGAUUCGGUUUGUGCAGGAAAAUGUUGCCAAAUUUCCUCUUUCAGAUCAUCUGGAGCCAAUUUUUGCACUGGUGUCUUCAUGGCAUAAAUUAGAGUUUGAAUCAUGGCCUGCAUUGCUUAAUGAAGUUCAAUAUCAAUUUGAGAGAAAUGCUGGAAAACUAUGGUUUCCGUUGUAUUCUGUUUUUCAGCAAAACAGUUGUUCCAGUAUUGAUCAAUACAGAUGCUCAAUGAUAGAAAGCCUUGAAGAAUUUUUCAAGACAUCCAGCAUUGGAGAAUUUAAAAGUCAACUUCAGUUACUUCUUUCUUUCCAUGGACAGAUAAGCCACAAUUUGGAUCAGCCAUUGACAAGCGUCUGUCAAGAGGAGAGUGUGAAAAUACUGUACAACACUUUUGGCUUCUAUGUGCAGUUGUGGCCCCGAAUUUCGGAGCAUAUUGAAGGAAACAGGAAAACCAUUGAAAAGGAGCUGAAUGAACUUAUGAAAUUGUGUCGUUGGGAUCGCAUUGACAAUUAUAUGGCUGUUGAGAACUUGAAAAGAACCAGGCUGAAACUACGAAAGAUUGUCAAGAAGUAUAUGGACGUACUCCAACAACCUCUUAUGGAGUUUCUUGGUCGAGAAACCUCACGAAGUGGGUUGAGCAACCAUUCCAUUGAAGUUGACUCUUAUGAGGUUAGCAGGAGUCUCCUGGAUACCAUCUGCAAUCAAAGUCUAUCUAAGGAUAAGGAUGGCUUUAUAUGGGUUUCUGAGUGGUGGAAACGUCUAGAGAAUGUUGAAUUGGCCAUGGAAGGAAUCAAGAGUGGUGCACCUUUGCAAUGGGAAGAAAGGACAGAGUUGUGGCAUACAAUCAAAACCUUGUCUGCCUCUCUGAUUCACUGCUGUGAACUUUGGGAAAAUAAAAACAAGUUGGGCAAAAGGAGGGCCUUGUCUGAUCUUCUAAAGCUCCUUGAGAGUUGUGGCUUGUCCAAACAUAGAACAUCAGUGGAGAGCCAAAUUGACAACUCACAGUCCUGGUUAUUCCAGCCCUCAUAUGAUGCAAAACAUUUGUUGCUGCUGAAUGAUUCUUCUGGUAAAUUUGGUACUGAUGACAACCACCUUCAGGGUUCACCCAAUGGAAGUACAUGGAAUGAUGCAAAUAAAUACUACUUCAAGAGCAUUGCUUCGGUGAAAGUUCUGCAGAACAUAUGCCUGAAUUUCCAUAAAGAUUUUAAUCUCGUACAGGUCACAAGGUGUGGAUCUUUUGUUGACCAUCUAAUUGCGAUACAGCAAGAUCAAAGAGCUCUUGCCUCUGGCUUUUCCAGAAAGAUCAAGUGCUUGAGACAAUCUAUAUGGCCUUUCUCAAAUUUGUUCUUGGGCUCCAUUCAAUCAACUGGGGAAACCGUUACUGAUGGCUCUUUUGCUCAUAACCAACAUGAAACUUUCAAGUGUAUGUGGCAACAAAAGCUACUCUUUGAUGGUUUCUGCUCUUUGCUUUAUGAAGAACAUUUGUUGCUACAGACGGUUGAAAAUACUCAUCUGAGUACUUGUUCCUGUGUCAAAGAUGGAGCACAAAAGAUUCACCAGCUCAUUCAGGAAUUCCUUCCCAACUUUCAGAAAUCCAAGAAUGCUCUGGACCACCACCUUCUUGGGGAUUCAGAGGAUACUUUUGUGGCUGGAACAGUAUUGCAUCCCUUUGGCGUCACAAAAGAAAUGGAACAGCUGGUGAAUCAUAACUUCAAGUUAGUUAAAACAUUUGAGAGGGAUCUCUCUGCUUUCCAAGGGGUAGAAAAUCGGCAAGGAGCUGUUGAACAUAUCCUUCUUGGGCAUAUUGAAGACUUGUUUGUAAAGGCUCAUACUUUUGAAGAACUUUAUUCUUCUUCACAGGAGAGAAAGGUCUCGAAUAUUGCAGAUGUCAAUAUAAAGGAACUUGAGUCUCAUCUUGAUGAUGCCCUAAAGGGGACUUAUACACAUGUCCUCGGUACACUUCAGAGUUUGAGUUCCCUAAACCCGGAUUUUGCUGACGGGGAGAGGCUAAAGAAUAUAAAGGAUUGGAAGAUCCUCUUUGAAAAAGAUAUGGAGUAUCUUCAGCUGGACGUCAUUCAUGAGGAUGUGAUCAGAAUUAUUCAAUACGCUGAUGAACUAUGUAACUACUGUGGGUGCAACAACCCUAUGGUGGCUUCAGUUUGUGCACAGUUGAAACAUCUGUAUAGCUUACUGGAUAUGCUACUAGCUUUUGCUGAUAAUCUUUUGAAGGACUUUCUAUGCCUGCAUAAUAUGGUAUCUAAAUUGACAUAUGCGCUUGUGAAUAUUUUGGGUUCGUUGUUUGCCCAAGGAUUUGGUAUCGAAGAACAAGAAACUGAUGAUGGAAAAGAAGGUACCAAAGAUGCAAGUGGAACUGGUAUGGGUGAGGGUGCUGGAUUGAAUGAUGUCAGUGAUCAAAUAACUGAUGAGGAUCAGCUCCUUGGGGCCUCAGAAAAGGGAAAUGAAGAGCAGGAUGCAAAGUCUGACAUGCCAAGUAAAAAUGAAAAAGGAAUUGAGAUGGAACAAGACUUCGAUGGUGAGGCAUUCAGUGUUAGUGAGGAUUCUGAAGAUGAUGGAGAUGACGAUAAUGAGGAUGAUGAGCAGCUGGAGUCUGCCUUGGGGGAUGUAGGUGCCAAUGGAGAUGUAGCUGACGAGAAACUUGGGGAUGCCAACGAUGAUGGUGAAGAUGAGAAUCCCAAUGCAAAUGAGAAGUAUGAGAAUGGACCGGCUGUGAAUGAGAAAGCUUCCCAUGACAAAGAGCUUCGGGCUAAGGAUGAUUCUGCUGCUGCUGAAGAGGAUACUGGAGAAGUGGAAGCAAAAGAAUCCGAUGCACAUAAUGAUGAAAAUGGAGAAGAAGAAGAAGAAGAAUAUGAUGGUGGAGAAGAUAUGAAGGUUGACAAAGAUGAUGCAUUUGUUGAUCCUUCUGGUAUAAAUCCGGAGGACGAAAGCCAGAAACCUGAUCAAGACACUCACAUGGAUGAAGACGACAUUCCCAUGGAUGAAAUGGAAGAUACUGACCAAAUGGAGGAUGGGGAAUCAGAAGAUGUGAAUGAAUCCGAUAUGAAGGAUGAUGUGGAAAAGGCAGAUGAAUUUCUGGAAGAGGCAGGGUUCGAGGAUUCUGCUGCGAAUGCCGAUACCACUAAUGCUGAAGAAAGUUCCCAGGAUAAUGAUACAGAAACAGAUCUUGGAAUAGAAAAGCAAGAUAUGGCUCAGUACAAUCCUAACGACAAUGUUGAUCAAUCUGGAAGGCAAUCUUUGCAGGACUUAUCGGAUACAGCCGACCCCAGAAACACUGCACCAGAUGAAAAACAUUCAGAUCUCAGUGAACUGAAAGAUGAUCUUGCUCCUGCAAGUGCUCAGCCUAAUGCCUCUGAGUUUGAAGUAAGGGUUGCUGAUGCAACAAAUGGCGAAACCUUAAGCAAUGAACAUUCAAGAACUAUGGGUGCUCCUCUGGAGCCUCUUAUUCAAAACGUUCAGCCGAACCCUUGUCGCAGCGUUGGCAAUGCUCUUGAUGGAUGGAAAGAGAGAGUCAAAGUUUCUGUUGAUAUUCAGGACCAAAUGGACAAUGCAGAUGAUUUAGCAGAUGAGAAUGCGGAUGAGUAUGGAUACACUGCGGAGUUUAAAGAGGGUACAGCUCAAGCACUUGGACCGGCAAUGGCUGACCAAAUUAAGGGCGAUAUUCCUCCUAAUGAUACUGAGCAGGAAGAUACGGGUAAUGUUGACACAAAAGAUUCGCCUACUGAAAUUGAGAUUGACAAAGAAACUUCUGAGUUUGGCCCCAUCAGAAAUUCUGCCUUGAAUCAUGUAACUGACAUUAAAAAGAAUCAAGGAAUAACAGAUGCAGAGAAGCAACCUGGAGAAUCUAUGGAAAUUGACGAUGAUUACAAUGAAGAGGUGACUACCUUUCCGGAGAGUAUUGUAUCUGCUAAGAAGUCAGACAUGAGCGAGAACUUACAGCAAUUUAGUGACUUACAAACUAAUGAAGAUGAGCUGGGGAAAGUUCAUCGUUUUGAGAUUUCCACUGAUAAAAGGGAAGGUGUUACUGCUCUUUGGAGAAGAUAUGAUUCCCGGACAUCAAGACUGUCUCAGGAGUUAGCAGAACAGUUACGACUGAUCAUGGAACCUACAUUAGCCAGCAAACUCCAAGGCGACUACAAGACGGGUAAAAGGAUUAAUAUGAAGAAGGUGAUCCCAUAUGUGGCCAGCCAUUACAGGAAAGACAAAAUCUGGCUGAGACGGACAAGGCCCAACAAACGUGAUUACCAAGUGGUUAUUGCCGUGGAUGAUUCCCGCAGCAUGUCUGAGGGUCAUUGUGGAAACUUUGCAUUGGAAGCAUUGGUUACGGUGUGCCGAGCAAUGUCCCAACUUGAAGUGGGAAAUUUGGCUGUGGCAAGUUUCGGGCAGCAGGGCAAUAUCAGAUUACUUCAUGAUUUCGAUGAACCAUUCACACCUCAAGCUGGAAUCAAGGUGAUUUCAAGCUUUACGUUUACACAAGAGAACACGAUAGCGGAUGAACCAAUGGGUGAUCUACUGAAAUAUUUGAACAGCAUGCUCGAUGCUGCAGUGAUGAGGGCUCGGCUACCAUCCGGGACCAACCCACUAGAACAACUCGUGUUGAUUAUAGCUGAUGGCCGGUUUAAUGAGAAGGAAAAAUUGAAGCGACGUGUGAGGAAUCUGUUAAGCAAGAAACGAAUGGUUGCAUUCAUUCUUUUGGAUAGUCCAGAUGAAUCGAUUGUGGACUUCAUGGAAGCUACGGUUCAUGGGUCGGAUAUAAAGUUCUCAAAAUACCUGGAUUCGUUUCCGUUUCCGUACUACGUAGUUCUGAAGAACAUUGAAGCACUUCCCAGGACACUGGGGGAUCUUUUAAGACAGUGGUUCGAGCUGAUGCAGUAUUACGGGGAGUGAUCUAUACAUAGACAAGGAAGGCAGUUCUCAAAAUGAGAAUUGACUUGGGAAGUCAACUGGUCUCAGCACCACCAUGGCUAGGCUAGCUAUUUAAGAGAGCAUAGCAUGCCUGGAGCAGUUGAGGAAAUUUUGCAGGAUAGUUGUGCGUUCGAUUCUUUUUGUAUCAUUACUUUUACUGCAUAAACACAGGGUUCCCUAUAUGUAUAUACUUAGCAUCUAUAAAACUUUCAUUUAAUUGUG